CAGACUGUCAUCUAUUACUAAUUACUGUCAAUAGAUUGUCACAAUUACUAUAUAAUUGCAAGAAGUAAAUAAGUUUAAAUUUUUCUUAUCACUAUGUCACUUUUACUAAAUAACAACUAACAGUUCAUUGCCAUUGGCACCAUAUAAAAAAGUAAAAGUGGGUGGUAUAUAACUAUCAGUAGUUUGUAGAUUAAAAAACAGUUAUCUAAUAAAUAUGUCCCUCACAAUUCAGCAAAUAAUUACUGAUGCAAAACGACUUGCAAGUCGAUUAAAAGAUAGAGAUGUAGUAGCUGAUAUAUUAUUGAACGAAACCCAUGCAAUUAAUAAAAAAAUUGAUGCCAUGAAACAGUAUCAAGAAGAAGUAGAACAAUUGAAUGAGGUAGCAAAUCAAAGACCACAUUCACAACUUAUAGCCAACAUUCAGAAAGAAAAUAGACAUUUAAAAGAAAUACAACAAGAAAAUAGAGAACUUAGGGCUGCAUUGGAAGAAUACCAUACCACAUUACAACAUGUGAUGUCCAAAUAUCGUGAACAUACCAAUGAAGAAAUAUAUAAAUCAAAAGUCAAUUUCAUAGCAAUGCAAGAGAAAAAAUAUAGUGAGAUUAUUAAAGUACAAGCAGAGAAGAUUCAAGAGAUGGCUGCCGUGAUGUUUAAAGCUGCUCUCAUAGAUGAGGAUAGGGAUUCUAGAGAACAAGAAGUUGUGUCUAUGCUAAAAGUGGAAAAUCAGGGCUUAAGAGAAAUGUUGGAUAUUGCCCGUAAAUGUGGGAACUUGAAGAAGGAAGACAAGACUGUACAAACUGAUAUGGAAAACACUCCCGAUAAACUUUAAUAAGAGUAUUUUUUGCACAUAUGCAAUAUUUUAUGAGUAUUCUUUGUGUGUUGCAAAAUAAUUUUUAAAAUGUAUGUUAUUUUCAAAUUUUUUAAUAAUUCUUACAAGUUUAAUUUAUUAUUUUUUACCAAUGCAUAUUAUUAAUGAAUAUAGGAGCGACUAGAACAUUAUUAUUUGUAAUGAAUUCAAUUUCAAAAUUAAUGAUAAAGCAGUUUAAGUUUUUUUAUUAAAAAAUUUUAUUCUAUACUGUAUUUUAUCAUUCAAUUGCCUAAUAGGUAUGAAUAAUAUUAUUUUUUUGGAAAUUAAUUCGAGUCUUUUUUUAUGUAAGGUUAAUCCAUUACAAUUGUGACUAGUAAUAAUUUUGCCUAUUGUCAAAAUAACCUAGAUGCUCAUUUUAAACUUGCAGAUUCAACGAUUUAUGAGUUUCCAUUACAAUUAUAUGUAUAUUCAAAUCUGUCAUUUUUUUAAUAUAAUUUUUGUAUAUA